AUGAGUGCUGACAUAUCAGUUGGUAAUGAAAUCAAGGAUGGAUUCAAGGAAACCUAUAAAUGGGUAUCCAACAAUGUUAAAUGGCUUUCAGAAAUCGAGGCUUUCUACAAAGAAAGGGCAAAACUCGAGAAAGAAUACAGUGUCAAGCUAUCUAAUCUAACAGCCGAAUAUUUCACAAAGAAAAGUAGCGCAACUGUGUCCUUAUCGGUCGGUGACUCUCCUACAAUUACACCAGGAUCUCUAGAAGCGGCAUCACUGGUUGCUUGGAAUGAAGUUCUAUCUCAAACAGAAAUGAUAUCGAAGGACCAUAAUAAGCUUUCUCAGGAGUUCGAAUUUGAAAUAGCGGACCAAAUUGUAGCAUUGAACAGAAAAUGCGAGCUUUUAUUGACGUCUAUCAGUGGGUUUAAUACUGAACUUACUGAAAGGAAAGAACAGGCCUUUGAUAACCUAGAUAAGGCAAAAAAGCAUUAUGACGAGGCUUGCACCCAAAUGGAAUCGGCUAGAGCUAAGCAAACCAAAUCUUCCAGUGAUAAAGCUCAGCGGAGAGUUGAUGACAAGGAGCAUAAUAUGAAUAUCACUAAAAACAAUUACCUCAUAAAAAUCAACCAGGCCAACCGUCUUAAGGACAAGUACUACUUUCAAGAUGUCCCAGAGGCAUUAGAUUUAUUACAGGACUUGAAUGAAUCUAAGACUCGUCUUUUGAACAAUUUAUUAAAGGCUGCAGGUGUCUUGGAACGUCAACUGCACAAGAGGGUUGAUACAAGACUAGACACAAUUGAUUCGGUAGUCGCCCAAAACAAGCCUCAUCUUGAUUCUUCGAUGUUUAUCAAACACAACAUCAAAUCAUGGAAAGAGCCUGCUGAUUUCAAAUACAUCCCUUCCCCGGUAUGGCAUGAUGACGAACAAUUUGUGGUCGCAUCUGGAGUCGAAUUACAAGAUUUGAAGGUGAAAUUAGUAAAAGCACAGCAAUUGUUUGAUCAAAUGAGCUCAAUAACCCAAAACGAGGGCUCUUCAUUAGGAUCAUUGAAUAAGCAAAAACAGCAGUUGAAAGAUGAUGAAACUGCCGACGGUAAACAGCUUUUAGAAAUUUUAACUCGCUAUUCGAGCACUGUUUCGGCAUUUACUUCCCAUGAAACUUCCAAGCUUGAGGCAGAAGUGGAAAUUGAAAGCAUUCAAAACAACGUACCUUCGGAGUAUGAUCUGUCCACGGACGAUAUCGAUUUAUCAAAACUUGAAAAGAAAGGAGGAUUUCUCAGCAAGUUUAAACGUAAUAUGACCAUCUCAGAGACACGUCCUACGCACCAUGAAAUUCAUGAUUCUGCCUCAAUUCUUUCAUCCGAAUCGAAGCAUCACAGUUUGGGUAGGUUUUCAAUCUUCAAGAAACGGGAUCGAGCGCAGAGUACUGCGUCUGCUUCUGCCCUGUCAAGCACAACGAGUAAUGAUGCAUUUCCUGACACAACUGCCGAUCAAACUGGAAACCGUGUACUAUACGCCUAUAAGAUGCAGGAUUCUGAUGAGGUAGAUGUCAGUCCUGGUGAUACCAUCACAUUGGUGGCUCGCGAUUCAGGAAAUGGUUGGACGCAAAUAAAAAAUGAAACGACUGACAAGGUGGGUAUGGUUCCUUCGUCAUACAUAGAAAUAAAAGAAAAACCUCGUUCACCGGCGCCAAGGGCCCCUCCACCGAGAAAAGCUACUGUAACGACGCGGACAGUGGAAGCACUCUAUGAUUAUACCGCGCAGGGUGACGAUGAGAUUUCCAUAAGUGAGGGUAGUAUCAUUACCGUUAUAAAGGAGGAUGAUGGCAGUGGUUGGACUUUCGGUGAAGUCAAUGGCCACAAAGGGCUAUUCCCAACAAGCUAUUGCAAAUGA